GGUGCAGGCGCAGAGACUUGGUUUGGCAGGCUUGGAUUUAAAGCGAUAGACUCUGUUGGAGUCCUACAAGACGGUCCUCAGUACCCUCCCCACAAGUCUUGGGACCAUUUGGGUCCCCAGAUCUGGGGAGAUGGUUUGCGGCGGAUUUGCCUGUUCCAAAAAUGCGCUGUGCGCUCUCAACGUGGUUUAUAUGCUUGUGGGCUUAUUGCUCAUUGGCGUGGCAGCCUGGGGCAAGGGCCUCGGUGUGGUGUCUAGCAUCCACAUCAUUGGAGGAGUCAUUGCUGUGGGAGUGUUUCUUCUCCUCAUCGCGGUGGCAGGACUGGUGGGUGCCGUGAACCACCACCAAGUGCUGCUCUUCUUUUAUAUGAUCAUCCUGGGUCUAGUCUUCAUCUUCCAGUUUGGAAUCUCUUGCUCGUGUCUGGCCAUUAACAGACACAAACAGGCAGAUGUCAUCAAUGCUUCCUGGUGGGUCUUGAGCAACAGUACCCGGCAUGAACUGGAGCGAAGUUUUGACUGCUGUGGCUUGUUCAACCUUACGAACCUGCACCUACAGGAUGACACUUCCUGCAGCGCGAUGUGCAAAACUAGGAGCUCUACGUGCCAGAUGUGUGGGGAGAUGUUCCUUAAACAUUCAGACAAAGCCCUCAAGAUCCUAGGAGGUGUUGGGCUCUUCUUUAGUUUCACAGAGAUCCUUGGAGUUUGGCUAGCAAUGAGAUUCCGGAAUCAGAAAGACCCUCGAGCCAACCCCAGUGCCUUUCUGUGAGAUUUUUGAUCUCGCAGGUAGGAUCUUUGCAGCCUAGGCUGGUUUCCAGCUAGCUCUGUAGCCAAGGAGGACCUUGAACACCAGACCCUCCUGCCGGCAUCACCACACUCGGCCAGCCUUUGAAUCCUCCUGACUUGGCCGCCUUGCUAUCUUCCAGCUUUUAAACAAUUCUUGAAAACCCAGGGUGGUGAUCCCCACUUUUUAUGCGUGUUUUAGAGAAAAAAGGUCCCUUACCUCACCCUAAGAACUGGUCAGGUGGUGACUUGUGUAUUUUAGUGGCAAUAAGAUUGUGGAGGAGGGAAAGAUGCCUUGUCUCUGCCUAGGAGGGUAACUGUUUUCCCUCCCUUUCAAGACCUUUGGCUUCAAGGACAAAAUCAGAACACCAAGAGAAACCAGCUAUAACCCAGAGUCUCCCAAGUGCUGGGCAAGUAUUUCUACCAAUCAAGUGUCAUCCCAGUCCCACCUACAGUCUCAUCAAAGCAAGAGCAGUGAACUUAAAACUAAAGCCAUUUCGACUGAAUAUUUAAAGAAAGGACUUGAAAGAUUCUGAUCUUGUCAGCCAAAGAGCUGGACUGCCUAGGUCCCUGCAGGGGAAUUGCUUUCAUGUGUUUUUUUUUCCCCCCCAAAUCUCUCAGUGGCAAACCCAAUUGGAAAAACAAAGAAAAAUAAAGACCAUAUUUCUUUGU